AUGUCGGACUUCGAUGAGAAGCUACGUUACGGCGGCCCACAAGCCGAGGAGGGAGGCGACGAUGCCGCUCGUAAAGCGGAGGAACGUGAGCGCAAGAAGGCCGAAGUUCGAAAGAGGCUCGAAGAAGCCGGCAGCAAAAAGAAAGCAAAGAAGGGUUUCCUAACGCCAGAAAGAAAGAAGAAACUUAGGAAACUUCUUAUGAUGAAAGCUGCUGAAGAUCUUAAGCAGCAGCAAUUGUUGAAAGCACAGGAACGCCAGAAAGCAUUAGCGUCCAGGAUCAUCCCGCUGCCAGACGUCGACAAAAUUGACGAUAAAGCUCAACUCGAGAAAAUUUACAACGACAUGUUCGAACGAGUGAAGAAGCUGGAAGAAGAGAAAUAUGAUAUCAACUUCAUUGUCACUCAAAGCGAAGCCGAAAUCAAUGAGCUUACAAUCGCCGUUAACGACUUGAGAGGCAAAUUCGUGAAACCGACACUGAAGAAGGUCUCCAAAUACGACAACAGAUUCAAGAAGAUGGCUGACGCUGAGAAAAACAAGGGUGAGAAGGCCGACUUCCGAGCAAAUCUUAAAGUGGUUAAGAAGGAGAAUGCAAUCCAAGAUAUCAUGUCUAAGACAAAGAAGAAUACGGACAAACCUGAUUGGUCGAAGAAGCCGGCGGCCGAGAAGAAAGAAGAGGAGGCGAAAGGAGAACCGGCGCGUCCACCACCCACCGAAGAACCCGAACCUGAGGAAGAAGGUGAAGAGGAGGGAGGAGAAGAGGAAGGAGAGGAGGAUGAGGAGGAGUAG